AGGAUGGGGUGGCAGGGGCCCCGGAGCAGCUGCGUGCCCCGCCCCGCGGGCUCCUCCCCGCCGCAGCGGCCCCCCGGCUGCUGCCCGAUGCGCUGCGCCGGGAGCCGGGAGCCGGGAGCCGGGCCGAGUCGCCGCCGCCGCUGCAGGGCCGCCUGGUCCGUGAGGCCGCGGCUGCAUGGAGCCUCUGGAGGGCGCCCGCCCGGGAGAAAUAGUUAAGGAGAUUGAGGUGCCUCUGGCUGCCCUGGAUGCCCCGGCCCUUGGGACAGGGGACAGCGGCCACUUGCCUGUGGCCGAGCAGGAGGAGGUGGGAGUCCCAAUACCAGCACCAGGGCUCCUGCAGGUCACAGAACGGAGGCAGCCACUCAGCAGUGUGUCCUCCCUCGAGGUGCACUUUGACCUCCUGGACCUCACCGAGCUGACCGACAUGUCCGACCAGGAACUGGCCGAGGUCUUUGCUGACUCCGAUGAUGAGAACCUGACGGGUGAAUCACCAGCAGGCCUGCACCCACUGCCCCGGACCGGCUGUCUGCGGUCCCCAUCCUGGACUCGGGCCAGGGCAGAGCAGAACCGUGAGAAGCAGCACCUCGGCGACCCUGAGCGGCAGCCAGCGAUUGUGGACACGUUUCUCACUGUGGAGAGGCCCAAGGAGAACUAGGCCAGGCAGCCCCGGGACCCAGGCGGAGGAAAUGUGAUGUUGCGGCUCCGUGGACGCUCUGCCCACCCCACAUGGCUCCAGGUCAGGGUCUCAAGGCACCCAGCACAAGCACAGCCCAGUGGCCUGAUGUCCAAUUCCUUCCUGGUCCCUGGAUCAGGGCUGACAAUGCCCGGGGAUGAGACAGGAGUGGACUGGGCCUUCUGGAACCUUCUGUCCACAGGACUGGUGCUCUCAUCUGUCACAAGGUUCCCGAGUGGAUGCUGGGUGACGGGGGGAUCUGAGCAGAUGACUGCCGCUCUGCAAAGCCCCUGGGGUCUAGCCAAAUACGUGGGUGGAAGAGUCAAUCCUGAACAUUUCCACCUUUAUUUCAAUCCUGUCCCCUUCCAGCCACCCAGGGAGCAAUGCCAGCAAUGGGGUUCCUCCCAGGCCCUAAGACCCUGCUCGUCCUGGUCCCUGCAAGACAGCGGGCCCACCCUCCUUAGCUCAGCACACCAAAUACGGCACGAUGCCUCAGACUGCUUGGGGGUGGGCCACCUUCUUCCAGUCCCUUGCCCAUGCGGCCCCAUACCCUAUCGAUGCACAUCCUGGCCCAAGGGGUUGGAGGUGUGGGAGAACGUGGGCACAGCCCCUGGCCCCCAAAUCAGGUCACCAGGCUCAGCUGCUCCCAACACUGCUUUUUAUGUGCUAAAGGACAGGACAGGCUUCUGGUCUGAUUGCAAGUCCAAGAUUGGUUUUAAAAUAAAUGUGUGAGCUUGCUUUUUGUUCCCACGGAAA